AUGAUCAGUGCCCGUUUACUGCUCAAAAGUAAAGUGUCCUUUCAUAUGUUCCCCAAAACAGACAACGUCUAUCGGAAGUGGAUCACAGCAAUCAGGCGUGAUGAAAGUAGACUAUUUAAAGUGUCGAAGGCAACAAAAGUCUGCUCGAAGCACUUUGUGGAAACAGACUUUGUGCGUAAUGUGGCCAGUGGCCGCAGGCUGCUCUACGAACACGCAGUUCCAUCAGUGUUCAGUUUCACCAAGCCUAGAGUCACUAGGAAGCCACCGAAGGAGAGACUUCCACCAGUCAUACACCAGGCUUUGCAAGACCUUGAAGACCCAAACCGAAACUUGGAACAAGAAUCGCAAAAUCACGAAGACCCGUUCCCUAUCCCCGAGCUGCAAGAAGUAUGUCCACAAGUCACCGCAGAGUUCAUGGGAGCGCCACCUUGCACGUGCAACCUGGGGCCAGAGCUUGACAUGAAGAAGGCUGUGGAGAGAAGGCAACAAAAAGACAUUGAUUCACUGCGUGCCAAACUGAAACGGAGCAAAGCGCAGGUGUACAGAUUAAAAGCUCAGCUGGAGGCCGCACUUGCAAAAUGUGAAGUGCUAGAAGCAAGAAGUGUGCCCUUCGGCGUAGAGAAAUUCCGAGCCAAUGAUGAGGACAUUCAGUUUUAUACUGGGUUGCCCAAUUACCGGAGUUUCCUUAUUCUUCUAAAUUUUGUCGACGCUGGCGAAAAUGGGAAAAAUAUUCUCAUGCAACAUGGGUGGCACUCCUCUGUCUCGCAGAAGGCCGGACGGCGACGAAAGCUGUCGGCAGAAAACCAGCUGUUUCUGGUCCUCAUGAAGUUGAAGGGCGGAAUCUUCCACAAACACCUAGGCCAUCUGUUUGACAUUUCAAUGAGCACCGUGUCAAAAUUGUUCAGUGCAUGGAUGAGCUUCCUCUACCUGAACCUUACCCAGCUGGGUCUUUGGCUGCCACGGCAGGCCAUCGACACCACCAUGCCAGUUGCGUUCUUGGACAAGUAUCCGACGACGCGAGUCAUCAUAGAUGCUACGGAAGUCAGAUGCGAAGUAGCAAGUUCCUUUGUCACACAGUCGGGAACUUACUCUUACUAUAAGUCAACGAACACAUUCAAAGGUCUCGUCGGCAUUUCGCCUAAUGGCCUUGUGACAUUUGUGUCAGAGUUGUAUAUGGGAUCUGUCUCUGACAAAGAAAUUGUGAUAAAGAGUGGACUGCUCACGAUGCCUUUUGAUCAAGGGGACUCUGUCAUGGCUGACAAAGGAUUCAAGAUUGCCGACCUUCUAAAAGAUCUUGGUGUCAUGCUUAAUAUCCCUUCUUUUCUAAAUCGGGGCAAAUUUUCAGUUGAGGAAGUGGAGGAAACCCAGGACAUCGCAGCUUUGAGGAUCCAUGUUGAGCGACGCAUUCAAAGAAUUAAGUCGUUCCACAUCUUUGAUCGACCCAUCCCCAUCUCGCUGGCACCCCUUGCUAACCAAAUCUGGACUGUUUGUACCAUACUCACGAACAUGCAAUCACCAUUGAUUAAGGAUAACGAGUAA